AUCCAUUCACUGCCACAAAAGCUUCGCCAUUUCCAACUGUCUCCACUGUUAAACCCUUUUCCCUGCAAUCACAGGAAGUGUAACUUAUUUGGAAAUUAGGACUGCUAUUUGCAACCCAGCAUAUUCCAGGCCUUACUACUUUCCCUUCCGGUGAAGUUUAAUGCUGGCAACGGCUGAAGUGGGUAAGUGUCAAGCUGAGGUGGAGAAUUGAAUGGGUUUUAUUUCUUUAGACUGAUUUUAUUGGGCAUCCUUGGUUUCCAGCAGUGAAAUAGUAAACCCUAAAAGACAAAUGUCAAAGUGGAUAAGUUCUACAGGUUUUUCUUACUUCUAAACAUAGACCCUUCCAUCUUUUUCCAUUCAUUGCUACAAAGGUAUAAGUCUAUCGCCUAACCUAACUUUGCUUUCGAUUGCCAAUACUGAAUUCUGACCUAUAUCCUAGUGGGAUUGAAGUAAAUGAUGUUCCUUCAAAUUUCUAGCAUGGCAAAAUCCUUCUUGCCUUUCUCUAUGGAAAAUGUUGAUCCUAAUUUACACCCUUUUAUGUCAUUUUCUUUUCAAAAUCCUACAUCUAACCCUACCUGUAGUGUUAGUUCCCAUUCAUGCUUGAUCUUGUCCUCCCCUGUACAGAGCAGCCGUGAUUUAAAAUCUCUUCAUUGCUCUGCUGUUUCAAGGAAGUCUAAUUCAACAUCUGACCCUGAACCUAGCUCCAACUCUAAAGCUAAACCUAAGAAAAGAAAUUGCCGCCCGAAAACUGAAGUUCCCCAAAAGGAUGAUGAAAAUCAGGUCUUUCCAGAAACCAUUCCAAGGAAGCCAAGGCGUGGCCGUAGGAGUGAAGCAGUUGCAGUCGAAGAUUUUAUUCGUGGCUCACUUGAAAAGACAUUUGCAUCAAUUCAACAGCAGAAUUCAGAAAUUUUGGAGAAUAAAGAAAAUGUAAUGAAGGAUAGAGCUGAUGAAGAGAUUGAUACUGACAGCCAUGAAGAUGAGAAUGAUAUAAAUGAGAAUGAGGAUGAUGGUGGUGGAAGAGGAAAGAAGAUGGUGGUUGAGGAAGAAAGUCCAGAUUGGCCACUUGAUGCUGAUGUGGGAUGGGGAAUUAGAGCAUCAGAGUAUUUUGAGAAGCACCCAAUCAAGAAUGUUGUGGGGGAAGAUGGUGUUGAAAUUGACUGGGAAGGAGAGAUUGAUGAUAACUGGGUAAAGGAGAUCAAUUGUCUGGAGUGGGAGAGCUUUGCUUUUCAUCCGAGCCCACUGAUUGUUUUUGUUUUUGAAAGAUACAACAGGGCAACUGAUAACUGGAAGGCUUUGAAAGAGCUAGAAAAGGCGCUGAAGGUUUAUUGGAGCGCUAAAGAUAAAUUGCCUCCUCGGUCAGUUAAGAUAGACAUCAAUAUCGAGAGAGAUUUGGCAUAUGCACUUAAAAUUAGAGAAUGCCCAGCAAUUUUAUUCUUAAGGGGAAACAGGAUCUUGUACAGGGAAAAUGAGAUUCGGACAGCAGAUGAGUUGGUCCACAUGAUUGCACAUUUCUACUAUAAUGCAAAGAGGCCUUCAUGGAUUGAUGUUGCAGCUUUGUCUUGACCCUACUCAUAUUAUCAUAGAUGUUUUAGCGCUGUACUGAUGAUUUCUUUCUGGUGAUCUGGCUUUAAAUCUAGAGCAUGGGCCCAACCAACAAAGGAUUAAAAAAAAUGCUACUACUAGGGUAUUAUAUUAGAUGAGAAAGGGUUCAUGGAAAAGAAGAAUUGUGUUGAACAUUUAUUGCAUGCAACUGAUUUGUCACAAUAGGCAGACCAUGUACUUGACUGCAUGUGGAUCUCAUUUGCUAUGAGAUAUUAGUUACAUUCAAUGGAUGUGUAAAAAUAAUUUCUGCAAGAGACUUAACAGAAAUUAUUUUGUUGAAGGUUGGAGGAACUGGGGUUUGUACUAUGUACCACAUUGUACUGUUUUGUUGAUGGUAAAGCAGGCUAAUAACGUUGAGUA